AUGAUAAAAGAUAUAAAUUUCAAGUGGAAAUUCGUCGCCAGAGAACUGAAACAUUAUUUCAAUAGAAGAGAGCUAUAUUUGUGCAUAACAAGGUUAAGAAGUUGGAGUAAUAUCAAGGACCUUGAAUUGCUUGCUUAAUUUUCUAUAGAGUGUUUCAAUCGUAGAGAAUACCAAUAAAGUAAAGAAUACUUAAAGAAAUUAAUACAUUAUGCAGAUUCUGAAUAAAGUGAAAAUUUAAAAUCAUUGAAUACAAUCAAUUAUCUAAAAGAAAUUGCAUAGAAAUGUGAUUCAGAAUAAUUUAGUUUGAUUUUAGAAAUAUUUCUAAAAAUAUGUUUACCUCAAUGUUUAUGUCCUUAAUUAUUGAAUCAAAUACAAGAAUUUUUAAGUAUUGAAAUAGUUAAUUAAUUUAUUACACUAUUAUAAAGAAUAGUUUAUAUGAAUGAAUUAGAUUCACUAAUAGAAUAGCAUAAUAUUAUUUAAUAUAUAUUAGAUAUAACAUUAGAAUUGGAUGAUUUCUAAGGAUGGUUUCUAAUAAUUGAAUAAUUAUGUAAUUAUAAUUUGAAACCUUCUCUUUAUGUAAGUUAACAUUCAUAUUCUAAUAGUUUAAGAACCUUAUCAUUCCUUGUUUAAAGUUAUUGCAAUAUGAUACAAAUCUUGUCACUCUACAAAUUAUUGAAACUAUGUGUAAUUGUAAAACUGAUAGAAGAGGAGCUAUCAAUUAUUUACUAAUCAUACCAGGAUUCAUUGAUUUAUUGAUAAAUAAUCUCUCUAAAACUUUUAAUAUCAUCAGCCAUAUUAUUGAAUAAUCUGAUGAUGGUACUACUAAAUUAAUCUAGAAGGACUUACUUAUGAAAUUAUAUAAAUUAUUAGAAGAAGAUUAAUCAUUAACAACUACAUUGAUUUAUCUCACUAUCUUAAUAUGUUUCUAUAGAAAUGAUACUAUCAUUCUUAAACUUAUAGAGUCAUAACUAUUUUAGUAUAUUCUGGCAUUAGAUGAAUAAGCUUUAAAAAAUGAUGAUUUAAUAUUGAUAAGUAGAAUGCUUGUCUAUCUAAUUAGAAGAUAUUCUAAUGAAUCAUUUUAUUUAUAUCUUAUUUAAAAAACCUUUUUUGUUAAUAUGUUGGGAUAAUUGAUUAGUAAAUUAGAAUUACAAGAAGUUUAUAAUAAUGCUAUUCAUUCAAUCAUUCAUAUGGCAUUCUCAUAAUCAAUAGAAUUUACAAAAGUAUUUAGAUAAGUAUAUAUAUGAUUUAAAUAAUUAGAGUAUUUUCAUGAAACCAGUUGAAGAACAAUUAUUAAAGAAUAAAUCUAAAGAUGCUAACAUUGAUGAUAAAAUAUAAGAAUUUUUAAAUAUUAUAUAUAAAUGA